AUGCUCAGACUCCUCUCGAAACCCCAGUUUAAGAGAACGAUUGCGACAAUGGUGGACCUGGUAGAGCAGUCCAAGAAACUUGCAGCCUACAAGGCUGUAGAUGAGAACUUGAAGCCAUCUGAUAAGUACAUAGGAAUCGGUUCGGGUUCAACGGUGGUAUACGUUGCCGAGCGGAUUGGCCAGCUUAAGAGACCCGAACUUGUGUGUGUUCCCACAGGAUUCCAGUCCAAAGACCUGAUAAUUUCUAACGGUCUUACCCUUGGGUCAAUUGACCAAUAUUGCGACCUCGACGUGGCAUUUGACGGAGCUGAUGAGAUCGACUCGCAGCUCAACUUGAUCAAAGGAGGUGGUGCGUGUUUGUUCCAAGAGAAAUUAGUAGCGUCGUGCUCUAAGAAGUUUGUUGUUGUGGCAGAUUAUCGGAAGAAAAGCCCCGAGAAACUCGGUUACGGGUGGAAGAAAGGUGUUCCAAUCGAGGUGGUCCCUUCUGCAUACCCAAAGUUGCUGCGGGAGUUUGUUUCCUUGAAAGGAAAACCAACGCUUAGAUCAGGACUUCCAGGGAAGGCAGGACCAAUUGUUACAGAUAAUGGAAACUUUAUUCUGGAUGUCGACUUUGGUGAGAUUCCCGUGGAGAAGGUGGAGAGUUUGAAUUCUACUAUCAAGGCUCUGUGCGGCGUCGUCGAGACAGGGUUCUUUGUGAACAUGACUUCGAAGGUCUACAUUGGUGAGGAAAAUGGAGAGGUAUUGAAGAUAGAUAGUUGCUCGAAACUAUGA